CCUAAUUGUUGUCUAUACCUCACUCUCUCAGUCUCAUCUCAUCUCAUCUCGUCGCUGUCUCUCUCACUCUCUCGUUUCGUUGUUCAUCUUCAUCUUCUGCACCGAUCAGCGAUCACUCCAUCUCAUCACUAUCUCUCUCUCACUCUCUCGUUGUUCAUCUCAUCGCACCAAUCGUCUCACUCUCUCAUCGCACCGAUCUACUCACGGAUCUGAAUCUGUGUUCUGUGUGUUUGUUUUGGUCUGAAUCGCAUCGCACCGAUCGUCUCACUCUCUCAUCGCACCGAUCUACUCACGGGUUUUUAUACUGCACGGGAUGGACAAGUUAGCUUGCAGUUGUGAAAAAAUGGAGAUGAUCUAAUAGGGAGCUUUUAUCAUAAUAUAUCUCCAGGGAUUGACAUUCAUCAGUCUCUGGAUGAUGUACUGGUAGCAAUUUGGUGUAUCAAGAAUCUCCCAAUUGUUUUUAGUAUCUCAGAGAUUGAUCAUCUAUUUUGGACACUGUAUCAUAUGUAAGCUGAAGUAAUGAAUUACCCGCAAGAGAAGUUUGUGAGUUUUCUUGGCAAAAUGAGCUUCAACGAUGAUGAGCCGAUUGUUGCAAGCCAAGAUGUCUCAGGGGAAAAACCUGCAGCAUUCCUAGCAGGAAAAACAAAGGCGACAAUCAUCAACAAGACGACGGCACCAUUGGAAGAAAGCGAAUUCAAGGUGAUGCUGGAGCUCACGGGGGCAGGAUCAGGCAACGACAGAUCCGGAGUGGAUCUUGUGACGGUCUUAGAUGUCAGCGAUAGCAUGGGGGGAGAGAAGUUAGAAAAAAUGAAAAUUGCCAUGCUAUUCAUGAUCAAGAAACUUAGCGUGAUUGAUCGUUUAUCGAUUGUCACGUUCAAUGGGGGCUCCCACAGGUUGUGCCCAUUGCGGCAGAUAACUGAAAAUUCUCAAGCGGAGAUUGAAAAGCUGGUCAAUGCUUUAGUUGCUAAUGGUGGCACAAACAUCUCUGCUGGCCUUCAAACGGGCUUAAAAGUGCUCAAUGACCGCAGACUUACUAGCGGGCGUACGGUUGGCAUUAUGCUUAUGUCCGACGGUCAACAAAACGAAGGUGGUGAUGCUGCCCAAGUUCCGGUCGGCAACAUGCCCGUAUGCACAUUCGGUUUUGGCACAGACCAUGAUCCGACGGUGCUCAAUGCCAUCGCAAACAACAGCGUGGGAGGAACCUUCUCAGAUGUUCGAAACCAGGACAACUUGAGUAUUGCAUUUUCCCAGUGCUUGGCUGGGCUUCUCACCGUGGUUGUUCAGGAUCUGAAGCUGACCGUCACACGAGUCGAAUCCACAAUCGUUAAGGUGUCCGCUGGAAACUAUAUACAAUCCAAGGACGAUGCUGCCGGCUCUGUGACUGUUUCAUUUGGCAAUCUUUACAUUAAAGAGGUACGCAAGGUUAUAGUGGACCUUCUUCUCCCUGCUGCUAGUAGUCCGGCGGGCUCGGAUGUCCUUGAAAUCACUUACACAUACAGCUCUGGUGGGAAAUUGUUUGAUGCCAAUCCGAUAAUCCUUACAGUAAGCCGCACCGGCAGGACAUCUGUGGAGCCAGAGAGGGAGGAGGUGAUGAUGGAGGAGAACCGUCUCCGGACUGCACAGAUGAUGAAAGAAGCGAGAGUCAUGGCUGACGACAAGAAGCUGGGCAAUGCUCGUGACAAGCUCGUUGAAGCCCAAAACUUGCUGGAGGACGUGGUUAAUGAUGAGUCUAACCCGUUGAUUGAGAUGCUGAAAUCUGAGCUGCAACAGAUAAAAAGGUUGAUGAAAUCUCAGGAAAUCUAUGAAAAGCAAGGGCGUCCUUAUGCACUCUCUUCGGAGACUUCCCAUAGUCGGCAGCGUUACGCUGCAAGAGGUGAUGAUGUGGAAAAGGUGCGCAUGUUUUCCACUCCGCGUAUGGAUGCAUACCUUGAGCAAGCCAAGUCAUUUGACGAGGAUCCCAGCAAGCCACUGCCCUCUGUGGGCGAUGAUGAGAAGCAAGAACUCGCUGCUGAUCCCCUUGCUCCCAUCGUUGGAGCUCUUAGCUACUAUAUUCAGACGGCCAUUCAGUCUCUCAAAUCCAUUGACAACAUACUCAAUAAAGCCGGCCGCCCGUAACUCAAUGCUUGCCAUCCAUCUUUAAUUUACAAUGUACCCCGUUGCAUUGGGUUUUGCCUUUGCACUUCAAUAAUUACGGGUGUGUGAUUUUCCCGUUGUCAAACAAGUUUUUUUUUUUUUUUUUAAUUACUCAUUUCACUGUUGUUAAAUUUCCAGUGCGUUAUUUUCCCGUUGCACUUCAAUAAAUUAUU